UCAACAAUACCAUCUCCAGGGAAAAGCACACCUCAUUUAGUAAAAAAAUAUUGGAAACAUUAAGUGAGAUUUAAAUGGGAGUUGGAGUUCAAUAAUUUGGUAACUUUAAUAAGUGAGGUGUACUUCUUUCUAGUGUCUAUUUAAGGCCAAUUAAUUCUAGGAUAGAACUGAUUUAUCACUUGUCUACUGAUCUAAGACAAUGUAGGGACAAAACUAAAUUGGUCACUUUAAAGAUAAAAAUAAGAUUGUUGUACUUAUAACGAAUAUAUAACGAUUAUAAUGGGGUCUUUCAAUUAAAUGUGCCCAGAAAGGGGACAGAAUCAAAUUUCUUAGAACAAAGGGUGUUGAGAACUAGUUCUUAUUUUCAUCUCAAAUACAAGUAGGGUAGAUGAUCCACACGGAUCUCCAGCUAAUUCUCUUGAGUCGGCGCUUUGAUUCACUAAUCUAAACAUUAUACAUGAUUGAAUUUUGCUCACGUUUAAAUUUUGCUCAUGUGUUAACUGAUCUAAAGAUAGAUCAUAAUUAACACAACAUAACCAAGGCCUAGAAUCUUGAAAACAGAGCAUCAGAAACGGAGCGUGUAUAUAUCCCCCCAAGUCCCUAUAUUAAAAAACAUCACUAACUAAUGAAUCAAACUCCUCCGCAGGUGACCCACUUCAAGUGCGGCGGAACCUCCCUGGGCGUCGGAGUUCAGCACCAAGUCGCCGACGGCACAUCCGGCCUCCAUUUCAUAAACUCGUGGUCCGACAUAGCCCGCGGCCUCGACAUCGCCGUCCCUCCCUUCAUCGACCGCUCCCUCCUCCGCGCCCGUGACCCUCCCUCCCCCACCUUCCCACACAUUGAAUACCAGCCCUCGCCUCCCAUGAACGGCCGUGUGAAUGGGAGGCGCCAACGUUUCGGGUGUCCGAACAUCGGGAUCACGAGCUGGACCAGGCUGCCGAUUCACGACGCCGAUUUCGGGUGGGGCCGGCCGAUAUUUAUGGGGCCCGGCGCGAUCGCGUGCGAGGGGCUGGCGUUUAUGUUGCCCAGCGCGGAAGGUGACGGGAGCUUGUCGGUGGCGAUAUCGCUGCAGGCGGAGCAUAUGGUCAAGUUUCAGAAGUUGUUGUAUGAUUUCUGAGUAGGGACGGACUUAGAUGCUCUUAUCGAUUGUUGGUUUGCUUUUGUUUGAGAUUUGGAACAAGAAGAUAGCACCAAAUAGAAAAGGAGCUUUGGUUACUGUUUGGCAACAAAAAAAAGUGUCUUAUCUAAAAGCUUAUGUCUUA